AUGGUUUCCAACCCAAAUGACACUCCUCUUCGCCUUCCCAACACCAAGUUGUUCAUCAAUGGCAAGUGGGUAGACCCAGUAGUUCCCAAGACACUCGUCACUAUCAACCCUGCCACAGAGAAGGUCAUCUGUGAAGUGUCAGAAGGUUCAUCAAAAGAUGUCGAUAUAGCUGUUGCAGCUGCCAGAGAGGCUUUUGAAAAUGGUCCUUGGAACAAGAUGACUGCCCAGCAGCGUGGAAAGUUACUCUUCAAGUUGGCUGACCUUAUUGAGCAGAACAAGGAGUGGUUGGCCACAUUGGAGACAACAGACAAUGGCAAGCCAUACUCGAUGGCACUUGACUUUGAUGUUGCUCAGAGUGCAGAUACAAUCAGAUAUUUUGCUAGUAUGACGGAUAAGAUACAGGGUAAGCUGAUCCAGGGUUCAGAACAGAAACUCACAGUCUACACCCGCCACGAGGCUGUUGGUGUGGCUGGCUGCAUCACUCCAUGGAACUUCCCAUUCUUAUUAUUAUGCUGGAAGAUUGGACCAGCCCUCGCGGCUGGUUGCACUGUCGUUGCCAAGCAGAGUGAGAUCACACCACUGUCUGCACUUGCCCUCUGCCACUUGGUCGAGGAGGCCGGCUUCCCUGCUGGUGUGUUCAACCUGGUCACAGGUUAUGGUCACACAGUCGGAGACGCCAUAGCCAGACAUCCAGACAUUGACAAGAUCUCAUUCACUGGUUCCACAAGAGUUGGCCGUCUGAUCAUGGAGGCAAGCGGCAAGAGCAACCUGAAGAAGGUCACCCUUGAGCUGGGAGGCAAGAGCCCAAACAUCAUCUUUGAUGAUGCUGAUCUGGACCAGUCUGUCAUGGGCUCAAUCUUUGGAGUCUAUAUCAACAGUGGUCAGUGCUGCGCUGCUGGCUCCCGUCUGUUUGUCCAAGAGGGCAUCUAUGACAAGUUUGUGGAGAAGUUCACUGAGGCCGCCAAGGCACUCAAAGUUGGCGACCCAUUCACAGGAGUCACCCUAGGUCCAUUGGCCAGCAAGGAGCACUUUGAUCGUGUGAUGAACUAUCUUGCUAUUGGUCGCAAAGAGGGUGUCAAGGUGUCUCUCGGUGGUGAGCGUCUAUCAAACGUAGGAUACUACGUCCAGCCAACCAUCUUGCACGAGGUCAACGAUGACAUGUGUGUUGCAAAGGAGGAGAUCUUUGGACCAGUGGCUUGCAUCUUCAAGUUCAAGACUGUCGAAGAGGUCAUCAAGCGUGCCAACGACACUCAGUACGGUCUUGCCGCUGGAAUCUUCACAACAAACCUCAACACUGCUCAUCGUGUUGAGAAGAAGCUGAGGGCAGGAACUGUCUGGAUCAAUGAUUACGGUUAUGUUAACUCCUUGAUACCAUUCGGAGGAUACAAACAGAGUGGAUUUGGAAAGGAUUUGAGUGAAUAUGCCAUUCAAGAGUACUGCUCAGUCAAGUCUGUCAUCAUAAACCAUGGACAGGCUUUAUAA